AUGUCUCAGCCUGCCAAGGCUGCCUCCAUAGCGGCUGCGGGGAACCCAGCGCCCGAGGGCAAGAGGAAGGGGGCCCCGCCCGCAGGACCUGCCCCGGGUCCCGGCCGCGCCCUGGCCCCGGCAUCCGUGCCCAUGCCCACCGCCCAAGUGGGGGACCUGGCCCCUGGGAGUUACCGGCUGCUGGCCUUUGAGCAAGAGAACUUCCAGGGCCGCCGGGUGGAAGUCUCCGGGGAGUUCUUGAACCUGGGAGACCGCGGCUUCGACCGCGUGCACAGCCUCAUCGUUGCCUCUGGACCCUGGGUGGCCUUUGAGCAGUCCGACCUCCAAGGGGAGAUGUUCGUCCUGGAGAAGGGCCAGUACCCGCGCUGGGACACCUGGUCCAGCAGCUACCGCAGCGACCACCGGCUCAUGUCCUUCCGGCCCGUCAGGAUGGACUCCCAGGAGCACAAGAUCUGCCUGUUGGAAGGAGCCAGCUUCAAGGCCAACACCGUGGACAUCCAGGAGGACGACGUGCCCAGUCUCUGGGUCCGUGGCUUCUGUGACCGCGUGGGCAGUGCGAGGGUGUCCAGUGGAACCUGGGUAGGGUAUCAGUAUCCCGGCUACCGCGGGUACCAGUACCUCCUGGAGCCUGGUGAAUUCCGGCACCGGAACGAAUGGGGAGCCUCCCAGCCUCGGAUGCAGGCCGUGCGCCGCCUUCGGGACAGGCAGUGGCAUGGCGAGCGCUGCUUCCCUGUCCUGGCGGCUGAGUCCCCCAAGUGA